GUGCUAGUGUCGUACCUGAACGCACCACACAGACGCGCGCCAUUUUCUCGCCAGGAGUCGCUCCAAAAAUAACGAAAACAUUUGUGUUUAAACAUCAAACUCGCCUUAUUUACCCCGCACUCCUUGGUAAUAUCAACUUAGCCGGCCCGACAAUGAGUGACGUCGACGACGGCAACCAUGAUAGACGGGGGUCUCUCUCCCCACCUAAAUUGGAUCGUGGAAGUCCAGCACGGGCCAAGUCGAGGAGUAGGUCAAGAUCUCCAAGCACAUCCCGAGGCCCCAGACGCUCUGUGUCCAGAUCUCGCUCUCGGUCCAAAUCCAGGUCUGGUUCCCGGCGGGACUCAAGCCGCCGCUCGCGCUCCCGGUCUCAUUCCCGCAGACGCAGGUCCCGUUCGCGCUCCUACAGCCCCCACUCCCGCCGCAGGAAGAGCCAGAGCUCCUCCCCGGCGUCGAGCCGUCGCCGUCCCACAGCCGGCAGGAGCCAUGACACAAAAGAAGCAAACAGUCAUGGCGAAGGUGCUGAUGUUAGGGAGAACCCUGACCCCAGCACAUGUUUGGGGGUGUUCGGCCUGAGCUUGUACACCACAGAGCGAGACCUGAGGGAUGUGUUUUCACGAUACGGCCCUCUGGCCGGGGUCAACGUGGUGUUCGACCAGCGCUCAGGUCGCUCCAGGGGCUUCGCCUUUGUUAACUUUGAGAAAAUUGAGGAUUCCAAAGAGGCGAUGGAGCAAGUCAAUGGCAUGGAGUUGGACGGGCGGAACAUCCGCGUGGAUUUUUCCCUGACCAAGCGGCCUCACACGCCCACACCUGGCAUCUACAUGGGCAGACCCACUCACAACGGUGGUGGCCGCAGGGGAAGAGACUCCAAUUUCGACCGAUACGAAAGAUCCGACCGAUACAACGAUCGAUAUAACGACCGUUACAACGACAGAUACGAUCGAAACGACAGAUACAACGACAGAUACGAUCGAAACGACAGAUACGAUGAAUAUGACUACCGGUACAGUCGCAGGCACUCCCCGUCUCCGGAGUACGGUAGAUACAGGUCUCGCUCACGGUCUCGCUCCUACAGCCCACGACGCUACUGAGAUCCUCCUCCUGUUUUUCAACCAGCAUGUCUUUAUUCCCUUUGAAUUGUUGUUUACAUACAUUAGAACAAAGAACCUCUUUCUGUAGUUUUAGUCUGGAGAUGGUCAUUGGCUUGGAGAAGUAAAGCUUCGCUCUUCUUAAAUACUUUUAUGAUCACACUUCUUUUUUUCUGUAGUGUCUGUGCAUGGACAUUCAAAGCUGGCCCUUGUACGCAUUAGAAUCAAGUUUUAGUCCUGUGGGUGUGGGAGUUAAGGAUGUGUGGGUGAGGUGGGAAAACAAGACAACAAAGCCCAUGCCAGGAUGUGUUCACACAACUUGAGGUUAAUGUCACGCUAAUAAGUGUCUCUCAAAUUUACCACCGCUUUCAUUCAACAUUCACCAAUAAAACAAGGUGGAAAAGAAAG